AUGAAGAAAAAACAGUUCCCAUGCCCUCGUGCAGAAGAGCUAGGUUGUAAAAGCAAAUUUGCAUCCGCAAAGAAUGCACAAAUCCAUGCCGACACCGUACACAACCGAGUGCAGUGGCCCUGUCCUUUGGCAGAAGAGACGGGCUGCACUUCGGUAUUUACUACUAAAGGCAGUGCCAAAACACACGCAAAGACCCAUGCUGAUAAGCGGGAAAAGGUUCCCUGCCCACGCGCAGAGGAGUUUGGAUGCACCAAGACCUUCUCAAGGAAAGCCGAUGCAAAAGAGCAUGCUGAGAGCGUCCACGACAAAACCACAUGGCCGUGUCCACACGCAGAAAAGUUCAAUUGCGACGGGUCGUUUCCCUCGGCACGACUUGCGAGGAGACAUGGUAGGAAGGCGCACAAUGACAACCCAGUCGAGUGGCCCUGCCCACUCGCACAAGAGUUCCAUUGCGAGCAGACAUUUUCCCAAAAACAUCACGCAACUAGUCAUGCUGAGAAAGUGCACAAAACCCCGGCCAAAUUGCCCUGCCCUCUGGCUGAAGAAAAGGGGUGUAAUUCGGAAUUUCCUAGCCAACAGGCAGCCAGUGCGCACUCAGUGAACGUUCAUGGAAAUGACGACCCCAGCAGCCCCCAGGGAGCGUCAGAAGGAUUUCCAUGUCCGUACGCAGAGGAACUACGUUGCAAGAGGUUUUUUGGCUCAAAAUCACACGCAAAAAAGCAUGCUGAGAGCGUACACGAGCAACUAGGAUGGCCCUGUCCUAGCGGAAGAGAAGAACUGUACCUUGGUGUUCUCAACCAAAGGCAAUGCCACAGCACACGCGAAGACUCAUACCAAUAA